UAGUGGCAUGGUUGGUGGUGUCCUCCGAAGACUCAAAAAGCCAGGAUUAAGAUUCCUGAUUCUUGAGGGCUGUGCCUCGUCCGUCGAAGAAGAACAUGGGACGAGGACGAGAGUGAGUGACAUCUUGGAAAUUUCUAUUCUCUCCUCCAUCCUUCUCUUCUCUGUGUCUGUGCCUCCCCCCGUCUCCUCUGAAAAGUCCACCAAGACGCGGUCCGAACUCCAUAUACUCUGCACGCAUCUCGCCUUCUCCUCCCCCGUUCCUCUUAUCCUGCCUCGCCAGGAAUUUGAACAAUCUCUUGAUCUGGCUGGCAAUCGGAGGUUCGGUUCAUUGGAGAGGUGAAGAUUGUUUAUACAAAUUUCGCAAUUUGAUCCUUGUGGUUUAAUAUGAAGGAUCUUCCUCACAUGCUACCCAGCAACAGAAGUAGAAGUCAGCCCAGGGCUGUUAGACCUUGGCCCCUUUCAGGAAUGGACUACUCAGAUUCAAGACGUAAACCUCAUAUUCUUGCAAAACUUCUUAUGGUGGUCAUUCUUACAGCCUUCUGCGUACUAAUUUUAAAGCAGUCCCCGAGUUUUAGCGGUACUAGUGUGUUCUCUCGUCAUGAACCUGGCGUUACUCAUGUCUUAGUGACAGGCGGUGCUGGCUAUAUUGGUUCGCAUGCUACACUUAGACUCCUGAAAGACUCGUAUCGAGUUACAAUAGUGGAUAACCUUUCCAGAGGAAAUCUUGGAGCUAUUAAGGUUCUUCAGCAGAUGUUCCCAGAGCCUGGGAGACUUCAAUUUAUUUAUGCUGACUUAGGGGAUGCCAGAGCUGUCAACCACAUAUUUGCUGAAAAUGCAUUUGAUGCUGUUAUGCACUUUGCUGCAGUUGCUUAUGUAGGGGAAAGCACACUUGAACCUCUCAGGUACUAUCACAAUAUCACAGCAAAUACCUUGGUGAUUCUUGAGGCGAUGGCAGCGCAUGGUGUAAAAACUCUUAUUUACUCAAGUACAUGUGCUACUUAUGGAGAACCAGAAAAAAUGCCUAUCACAGAAGAAACUCCUCAGCUACCUAUCAACCCAUAUGGGAAGGCCAAAAAGAUGGCAGAGGAUAUCAUUUUGGAUUUCUCAAAGAGAUCCAACAUGGCAGUCAUGAUCCUAAGAUAUUUCAAUGUCAUCGGGUCAGAUCCAGAGGGAAGAUUAGGUGAAGCCCCGAGACCUGAACUACGAGAACAUGGGCGUAUAUCUGGUGCUUGCUUUGAUGCAGCACUAGGUAUCAUACCAGGGUUGAAGGUUAAAGGAACAGACUACCCAACAAGUGAUGGAACUUGCAUCAGAGACUAUAUUGAUGUUACUGAUCUCGUUGAUGCUCAUGUGAAGGCCCUUGACAAGGCAAAGCCUAGCAAAGUUGGCAUAUUCAAUGUUGGUACUGGAAAAGGUAGAUCUGUGAAGGAAUUUGUGGAGGCCUGCAAAAAGGCAACUGGGGUGAACAUUAAAGUGGAUUAUCUCGAACGCAGACCAGGGGAUUAUGCCGAAGUUUAUAGCGAUCCUUCAAAAAUCAAUCAUGAGCUCAACUGGACCGCGCGCUACACCGAUCUUCAGGAGAGCCUCUCGAUCGCAUGGAGGUGGCAGAAAUCACAUCCAAAUGGUUACGGGACACGAUCGGUCAUGGCUGUUUGAUCAUCUCUUGUAGAUGUGGGUUUCCGUUGUAAGUCAUUUUACGGGGUCAUCAUUGCUUGCUUUGAUGAGAAGAGGAGUCGGGUUUGUGGGGGUAUUGAAAAAGGAUUGAGACAUAAAUUAGAAAUAUGAUCUUACCAUAGAAAAGACAGGAAUGGAGAUGAUUUGUUAUUUUUACGAGUGCUAGGAGGAACUCAAUAAAGAACGGAGUUGAUAGUUAUAUUUCCUUGUUAUUCGAUUUCUUUUGUAUAAUUCUUAAAAUUGUGAUUAAAUGCCAUGUUUAUUCUUUUCUCUA